CUCAUUCCCAAAAUGGACCUGCUCGAGGUGCUACUGGACGUGGUGGUUCCCCGGCUCAUCUCCGUUCCCCGUGCCGUCCUCGCCGGCGGAUUUUCGUGGGCGUGGGCAGUCGCCGUUACUGCGGCGGUGUUCGUCCUCUGGAUUCGGGCCUUCGGGUCAAGAUUGUUCGCGUCCACGCUCUCCCCUCCUCCUCCUCCGGCAAUGACGACGACGGUUCAAUCCUCUUCGGAAGACGAGUCGAAAGCGGCAUCGCUGCCGCUGCGGAGCGAUGCCGCCUCCGUCGCGAAUCCGCUGAAUCGCUACCUGGGUGAAGUAUCCACUAGCAAGAGACGGUUCAAGACUUGCUACGACGGGAGCUCCAUCGGCGUGACGGGAACGGAGGAGGACUAUAGCGAAGUCGACGAGCGAUGGCGGACGGCACCGUGGGAAGGAGACUGGCGGUGGGACGGGCUGCUCGCGGCGGAGCGCCAGCGGUGGGACUUGGGGUGGUAUCGCUGCCUCGACAUGGCGGCGCUAGACGGAAGCGUCGUCAGGUUGUGGGACGGAGGAAGCGGCAGCCCGACGGCGAGGCGAUGGACGGCGCAAAAGUCAUUCUUUUGGGUAAACUGUAAAAUGCAGAUGUAGCUGCGGCUUUUCAGGGCAAUUGCCGAUUUAUAAAUUACAACUAUUUGGAAAUUGUAAAAAAUGUAUA